AUGUUGCCAAAAUUUGCUGCAGGGUGGAUUCAUGCAGUUUAUACACCGACGGAUUCUUUGGUUUUUGGAGGAAACUUUUUACAUUUCUUAAAUAUGGAAUUGCAAUUAAAGGUGUAUGACUUGGAAAUCAGGUUGAAUACUCCAGAGAAAUUUCUGUUUCCUUUCUUUGAGACUUGUAUCUGGUAUUCCGGACGCUAUCUAGUGGAUCUUAGGGGAGGUGAUUCAGAAAAGAAAAUAUUAGUAUCUCCUCACUUAAAAGAAGCAGCGGCGGCUGUGUUGGCAUACUUGCGAAAAUGGUGCCUAAAAGAGAAUAUUAAGAGACAUAAGCGCUAUAUCCCAACUUGCAUCAACUUUAAACAGUUAAUUAUACAUCUGGAAGAAGUAGUUUCAGAACAAUUGUCGACUAAGAUUGGAAGUAAUUCAACGGAGAUGAAAAUUUCCGACUGUGUAACAAAGACUUGCGAUACCCCUGGGUCUGAAUAUUCUAUGCAAAAGAAAGCCUCACUCGAAAAUGACUUUACGGGAACUUGUCAAGAGCUAUCACAUUCAAUUGCCGAUGCCAAAGAUUGCGCAGGUCAUCCCGCUUGUGCCCUGCUCUACCUAGAUUAA